AUGGCCGAGGGCUCCCUCCAGCACUUUCCCAAUGGGGAAGUCUGUAAUGUCUCAGUCCUUCACGGAGAUUACAACGUCUACGCUGUCUUCCUCUUCUCCCUCCUCACUCCAUUUCUUCUGUGGCUCUGCGCUUUUUCAAUAUUUAUCCACACUCAUAUUCUAUCCCUCAAUUCCCCUUCACCUUCUAGACAACAACAUCGUGACUGUCUUCGUCGCGCUAAAGGAAAGUCAGACAAGGACGAAAUGACACACAACCCUCUGGCUUACUCUGCAGACCUCCUCGAUGGUGGACUAGAAGACAUUCAGAUUAAAUCUCUAUCGCACCUCUAUCAGAAUGUCGUGCAGAAUGAGAACCACCCUAUGCUGGUUAGUUCUCUGGAGGCCCCGAUGGACGGGCUUGCGGAUAACCUGAAGAUUUCUGCCUUGGAUCCCAAGCGUACCUCGCCUAUCUUUCCACAGUGCCACCCUCCACCCGCACCACCCUCAAGGAAAAAGGCGAAAACUGAACCCAUCAAACCUGUCGAGUGGUAUGGGGAAAUAUCCUGGUCUCUGAAAGGAACCAGUGUCUUUGACGACGCAGAACAAGAGCUGGACGCUUUUAUGAAUCGCAUCAACAUGCUUGACUACCGCAAGCCCUACAACGAACUUUGGGUUUUCCAGUAUGGUCUUCGCUACAUCCCCUCCGUUUCCGACAAAAAUGUGUACCGCACCAUUCGUAUAGAUGAAAUACCUUUGGAUAAAACUCCCAGUCAGAUUCUCCCUUUCAUUGUAGGUGAGGUCUACAGCGCUCGCCUGGCGGAUACAUACCGCAUCACCGGCUACAACACCGCAAUGAUUACCUUCGUCACCGAAGAAGACGCUGCCAACUUCCUAGCUGGAUUUGCCAACAGAACCUACGCCCUACCCUUUGGCAGGGUUAUUCCUGUUCACACACCGACCUACCCCAUCCCCGCCGAUACAGAGAAAUUGAUCAUUGAACAGGGUUGUACCCGCAUCCUAGGCAUUUUCCAUUGCAGACCGACACUCAAGAGGGAGAUCACCCGUGCCAUGACCAGCCCCUUCCAGAAUUACAUUCUACAGCUGGAAAAUAUUGUUGAUGGCCCAGGGAUUGGCGAAGUCUCGGUGAAGAUGCUUUCGGUCAAGGCAGCAGCAGUAGUGUUUGACUGCCUGAGGAACCACCCAACCCUCAGCAAAUGCCAGUUCCGAUUCUUGAAACAAGAUGGCACGCCUUCCGAGGGUACUGCAAUCGUAUCGGAUGAUGGAUAUCAGACUGCGCCGUGGUAG